UGCAAUUGGAGUUUUGUAUUUUAAAUUACAUUUUCAAAUGGCCUCCCAUCAGAUUUUCUUGUUUGGCCUCCUCAGUCUCUCUUUCUCCCUUGUAUUGGCAACUGAUAACAAUCCUAUUUUUGAUUUUUGUGUGGCGGAUCCAAAAGCUCCUCCAACAACAAGUGGAGCAGUGUGCAAGGAUCCGAAGACAGUUGAUGAAAAUGAUUUCUUCUUCAGUGGUCUUAAUAAACCUGGAAACACAUCAAACGCUGUAGGUUCAAAGGUUACACUUUUGAAUGCGCUACAAAUUCCAGGGCUUAACUCUCUUGGCAUCUCUUUUGCUCGCAUCGACUUCCAGCCCGGCGGAGUGAACCCUCUUCACCUUCACCCUCGUGCCUCGGAGAUCCUGACUGUCAUCCAAGGCACCCUGGAAGUGGGAUUUGUGACCUCCAGCCCCGAAUAUCGUCUCUUCACAAAGGUUCUCCAAAGGGGUGAUGUAUUUGUCUUCCCUGCUGCACUCAUUCAUUACCAGAAAAACCCAACGGAAGUGCCAGCCGUUGCCUAUGUAUCUCUCAAUAGCCAAAACCCCGGCUCCACUCAGAUUGCAAACGUUGUCUUCGGAUCAACACCUAAGAUUAACCCUGACAUUCUCACCAAGGUCUUCCAGCUUGACAAGAAUGUUGUUAGUCACGGUCAACAACUGUUCUAAAUCCAAAGGGGAAUUAUUUUUUUAAUUUUUAUGUUAUAAUCAAGUUGUUGGAUUCCAUUUGAAUCUAAUUUUCUGUUAAAGUUCAUAUGUUAUUUGCUCAGCCAAGCAGGUAGUGUUUAUUUAAGUUUUAUUUAGAUUACUUCAAUAAUGUAUUGAACAAUAUUAUGCUCACACAAUUUUGAAUAUAUAAUUGAGUAUUUAUACGA